AAUAUCCCUCGCCUCACUUCAUCUCUCCCCCCCUCUUCCUCUCUUCCUGCCUUCCGCUCCCUUCUCUCUCUUCCCUCUCAACUCCUCUCUCUCUCUCCUUCGUCGUCUCCUCCUCCCCCUCUGCUCCUCCCCCUCGUGGCGCCUCCGGCUUGCCGCGCGCGCCCGCCCGCCCGCCCGCGCCCACCGGCGCGAGCCGAGGGUACACGAGGAGUUCGGCCUUUCCGGUUUCCGGUUGUGUUGUGAGGAGUGGCGGCGGCGGCGGCGAGGCGGCGACGAGGCGACGCCAUUGCGGGGUGUGGCGCACACCACACCCCCCUCAUCGCCGCUGGACCGGCAUCUCUGCGUGUGAUUGUGUCCGAGAAGAAAGAGGAAGUCGUCGUGCGUGCGUCCCCUCGGCGUCGACUGCUGUAUUGAUGCGAUGGAGCAGCGUGAGGAUCAUACCAAAUCAUCAGAACCUGCAUUCAUUCCAUCCAAAAGGACUCAUCAGAUGAGAAACAUAUGGGCAUGGGGAGGUCCUUCUUCAACUACAGUCAACGGAUCAAGUGACGCGGUCUUGUUCUCCAGCUCGUUGCCAUCAGUUCUGCAAUUUGGAAAACUGCCAGGUAAAGAAAGGGAGUACAAUGCUCAACCAAAGGAUGAUAUGUUUCCCAUGAUGAAGCAGCCAGGCACUAAUGCUAGAGUGGCUGACCCCAUGGAUGAUGUAGCACAGCAUUUGAUUGGAAAUCUGUUACCAGAUGAUGAAGAGCUAUUGGCUGGGGUAAUUGAAGAUUUUGAUCAUGUUAAACUGAGAACCCAAGUUGAGGAAUCAGAAGAAUAUGAUGUUUUCCGCAAUAGUGGGGGUAUGGAGCUGGAUAUUGACCCUCUGGAAAGCAUCACCUUUGGUACAGCAAAGGCUAGCCUUGUCAAUGGUACUGGAAGUAGCACUAAUCAGUACAGCAUCCAAAAUGGUGCUGGAACAGUUACUGGUGAGCAUCCUUAUGGUGAGCACCCGUCCAGGACAUUGUUCGUUCGGAACAUUAAUAGUAAUGUUGAAGACUCAGAACUGCGCUCAUUGUUUGAGCCAUUUGGGGAUAUUCGGUCCAUGUACACUGCAACGAAACACAGAGGAUUCGUUAUGAUAUCUUACUACGAUAUCCGUCAUGCAAGAAAUGCAAAGACUGCAUUGCAAAGUAAACCAUUAAGGAGGAGGAAACUUGACAUUCACUAUUCAAUUCCCAAGGAGAAUCCGUCAGAUAAAGAUAUGAACCAAGGAACCCUGGUGAUCUUUAAUCUGGAACCAGCUGUUUCAAAUGAGGAACUCCUUCAAAUUUUUGGUGCAUUUGGUGAAGUUAGGGAGAUAAGAGAGACACCACAUAAGCGACACCAUAGAUUUAUUGAGUUCUAUGAUGUUAGGGCUGCAGAAUCUGCCCUCCGUUCAUUAAACAAGAGUGACAUUGCUGGAAAACGGGUAAAGUUGGAACCUAGCCGUCCUGGUGGAGCUCGCCGAAGUUUUAUACAGCAUUUUAAUCACGAAUUUGAGCAAGACGAAACAAAGCAUAAUUCAUUUCAGAUUGGUUCACCUUCUGCCAACUCUCCACCAAGUUUGUGGUCCCAACUUGGCAGCCCAACAGAUGAAAAUAAAUUAAAUGCACUCAAUGAAACUGCAUUUAAUGGGGGAAUGAGCCCUUUGGGCAGUAACCAUCUUUCUGGGUUCUCUUCAGGAUAUCCUCCCAUGAAAUCACCCGUUGGGAAGAGCUCCUAUUGGAAUAACCGUGCUGACAACAUAUUCCAUGGGUCACCAACUUUGCACAAUUCACAUUCGUUUCCAGAACAUCAUGGUGGAAUUAUAAGUGCCAGCCCGCUUGUGUCAUCCGCAGCUUCGUCAGCCUCUACUGCAUCUGGUUUUACUGCACUGACUGGAACAUCAUUUCUCUGGGGUAAUAACAAUAACUUAAGGGAUCAUGGCCAGCCUUCAUCUAUCCAAUCUCAAGCUCUUAGCAACUCACUUUUUCCCAAUAACCAGCCACAACGCCAGAGUAAUCUGUAUCAGAAUCUGCGUGGUUCCUUUGGGGCAUCCGAGCACUUCUCCCAGUUUAAUGUUGGGUCUGCCCCAUCUGUUUUCCCUUUUGAGAGUAAUUUCGGCUAUUUCUCUGAUUCCCCAGACACAUCUUACAUGAGACAGGGAAAGUUUGGCGGCACAGGCCCCACACGUGUUAGUGGAAGCCUCAUGACGAACUUUGGUGCCUAUCCCCGCAUUAAUGUUGCUUCCAUGCAAAACGGUUCAGUUGGUUUUGAAGGUCUGCUUGACCGUGGCCGAAAUCAGACAGUUGGAAACUCUGGGUGUCAGGAAGAUAGCAGAGUGCAAUAUCAAUUAGAUUUGGAGAAGAUCAUUGCUGGUAAAGACACCAGAACAACGUUGAUGAUAAAGAACAUACCAAACAAGUAUACAUCAAAUAUGCUUUUGGAAGUAAUUGAUGAAACUCAUGAAGGGACUUAUGAUUUCUUCUACUUGCCUAUUGAUUUCAAGAAUAAAUGCAAUGUUGGCUAUGCCUUCAUUAAUAUGGCAUCUCCUGGUUAUAUUGUAUCUUUCUUUAAGGCAUUUGCUGGUCGGAAAUGGGAAAAAUUUAACAGUGAGAAAGUAGUCUCGUUGGCAUAUGCUCGAAUACAGGGGAAAGCCGCACUUGUAAAUCAUUUCCAGAAUUCAAGCUUGAUGAAUGAAGACAAGCGCUGCCGCCCUAUGCUAUUUGAUCCCAAGCAUACUGAAAACAACAAUCAGAUCCUGUUGAACGGAAUAUUUAUCUCCAUGGCCCAGCAAGAUGCCACACAAGAAAGGCAUGACCUCCCUGAAAACCCAAGGGAAGAUAAUUUCAGUUAAAAGAUUCAAGUAAUCGGCCUACCGGGAGGUUUUUCUGAAGGAGGCUAAUUUAUCUGCAGUAGACGCUGACUGUUGGAUUGUGAAAUGUACAAAACAGAGAGAACUUGAUGCCGCAUUUUGUUGGUUUGCAUUGACGGUGAUGCAUGGAUGCAGAAAGCUCCCAGAUGAUUAGGGGAGUAAAAGUGUUUCCCUUUUGUGUAUAGUCUUAAUGACAGUGGAAAGGUUAGAUUUAUGAAGAAAAAAGGUUAGGUUGAAGGCGACAAAAGGCUUUACUGUAGUUGUGAACAGAAAGGCAGAAAAGUCCUGCUUUCUGUGCAGUGCUGUAGUAAUUCCCUCUUAUCUUCCUAUAACUCUAGAUUUUGUUAAUAUGCAAGAAAAAAAAGGGGGAGGGCUCAUAUUAUGCUUA